AGCUCCUCGAUAACUUGGUCUUGUCAGGCUGUAGGCCCAUGAUACUCGACCACUAGUGUACGUGAUGCCUCUCGACUACGCCGUGCAUCCAUGGAGGACCUCUUCAUUGGUCAUUAUCGUGGUCUUCCUGGUCUUCAACCUCUGCUAUCACGCUGCACAUUUCUCAAAUGACGAGAACCGGAGAAUUGUACACGUGCCAAUUCACGCCUCCACCACGUUCGCCAAAUGUCGCGCUUUGCAUAGCGAACCAGGGCCACCGGAGAACUUCUACGGUCGCGACGUCUCUGACCGCUUUCAGAAAGGCACCAAACCCGUUAUUGUACGCAAUGCCACCAUUUGGACGGGGAGGGUACAAGGACUCGAAGUCUUAAAGGGGGAAAUCUUGCUCGACGGUGGUAUCAUCAGACAAGUUGGUCCCAUAGCCGACGACAUACUAAGCGAAUAUCGCGACCUCAUCUCCAUCGACGCGUACGGUGCAUGGGUCACACCAGGCAUUAUCGACGUUCACUCACACUUGGGAGACCAACCCGCGCCGGCUCUAGAAGGGGUCAACGACGGCAACUCUCUCAAAGGUCUCAUCCAGCCGUGGCUCCGUUCCCUCGAUGCCUUGAAUACCCAUGACGAAGGCUACGCGAGUGCAGUGGCAGGCGGACUAACUACUGCACUGGUGCUACCCGGUUCUGCCAAUGCCAUUGGCGGCCAGGCAUUCGUGGUCAAAACGCGACCUACUGUCGAGCGGUCGCCAACGGCGAUGCUCGUUGAUCCACCAUUCAACCUGAACAGGUCGCAUGUGAAAGACGAACAGCCUCUGCGGUGGAGACACAUGAAACAUGCUUGCGGCGAAAAUCCUUCGCAAGUGUAUGGCGGCACGCGCAUGGACACCUUCUGGGCCUUCCGUCAGGCCUAUGAGACCGCACGUCAGAUCAAGGAAGCACAGGACGAGUACUGUUCGAAGGCUAUAGCGGGCGAUUGGGCCUCUCUCGACGGGCAAUUAUUCCCGGAAAGCCUUCAAUGGGAAGCACUGGUGGACGUUCUGCGCGGGCGCGUCAAGGUCCAUACGCACUGUUACGAAGCUGUCGACAUCGACGCUUUCGUCCGCUUGUCUAAUGAGUUCCGCUUCCCUGUAGCCGCUUUUCAUCACGCCCACGAGGCCUAUCUCGUACCCGAUGUCCUCAAGCGAGCCUAUGGGAAUACGCCGGCCAUAGCCAUGUUCGCCGCAUUUUCCAGGUAUAAGCGGGAGGCGUGGCGCCACUCCGAAUUCGCUCCUCGAGUGCUAGCGGAAAGUGACAUCGACGUAGUAAUGAAGUCUGACUACCAUGCCAUUGUAUCACGAUACCUUAUACAUGAAGCGGCACAGGCGCAUUACCAUGGCCUUGAAGACAACAUAGCUUUAGCUUCUGUCACCACUACAGCGGCCAAAGUUCUUGGGUUGGACUACCGAAUUGGAUAUCUCAAGCCUGUCUACGAUGCAGAUGUCGUCAUCUGGGAUAGCCAUCCACUCGCACUUGGAGCAACACCUAAGCAAGUCUUCAUCGACGGCAUUCCCCAGCUCGUGGAUCCGCAUACCGCUGAGAAGCCCACAGCAGCCCAAAGUGUACCUAAAACGCCAAAUUUCGACCAGGAGGCCGCGGAUGCCGUUAAAUAUGGAGGCCUCCCGCCAUUACUGCCGUCAAGGGUCAGAACAGGGACCAUCGUCUUCGCGAAUGUGUCUAGUCUUCUGCUGAAGGAUGGACAUCGCGACAUCCAUGACGCAUUCGAGGCCCACGCCAGCUCUCUACCAGGCGUUGUGGUAAUAUCUGUUUCCGAGAAAGGUGCAGAGAUUAUGUGCGCAGGUCCAGGCGGAGUGUGUGUUUGGGACCUAUCUGCAGAAAACACAGAAGUCGUUGAUCUCGCGGGCGGGUCCCUUCAGCCGGGUCUCGUCACUGUCGGUUCGAAUAUUGGGUUGCAUGAGAUUAUCAUGGAGGGCUCUACGACGGACGGUCCGAUAUAUGACCUUCUUGCCGGCGACCCACCUACUGUCGUAGGCGGUGCGGGAUAUUUGCCCAAGGCAGCCGAUGGUUUGAUGUUUGGCACGAGGGACGCACUGCUUGCUUACCGUAACGGAGUUACCAUCGCCGUUUCGCCUCCUCUUCAUGAAGGCUCCUUCAUCGGCGGGCUCAGCGCCGCGUUCUCUCUUGGUGCAGCCACUAAACUAGAGUUAGGUGCUGUGGUGAGCGACGUCACUGCCUUGCAUGUCGCACUCACGCAUGGCGACACCCCGAGCGUGAGUACCGAGGUUGCCGCGCUUCGACGCAUACUGUUGCAUCCUCCGGAAGGCGAGGGACAAGAGUGGUACAAGAAGGCUGUCAAUGGAGAGAUUCCUUUGGUUGUGGAGACGCACAACGCAGACAUAAUUGCCACCGUCAUCCUACUAAAAAGGGAGAUCGAGAUCGAGACGGGACAAGCCAUGAAAGUCACCAUCCUUGGCGGCGGCGAAGCGUACCUCUUGGCCGAAGAACUCGCGGGAGCAGACGUAGGAGUCAUCAUGUCACCCCCGAGGCCCUUGGCGUACAGCUGGGAUUACCGCCGAGUUAACCCGGGCCUUCCCGUGACGAACCAGAGCGCCAUCGCGCGUCUUAUCGAGGCAGGCGUGACAGUCGGUAUAGGCCCGCAAGGUACGAGCGGCAUGCCCUUCAUGAGCUCGUGGGCAGUGCGCAACUUGCGCUUCGAUGCCGGAUGGGAAAUGCUCAACGCUCCAGGGACAAUUUCCAGGGCUUCCGCUUUCGCGUUGGCCUCGUCAAAUAUCGAGAAAUUGCUCGGUGUGCCGCUGGAUCUGUAUGAGGGCGACCUCGUCGCGACAUCUGGCGGAGACCUCUUGAGCUUCGAAGGCAAAGUCGUCGCCGUCAUCUCGCCUCGUAGAGGCAGAGUCGACUUCUUCGAUUAGAAAGCAUCCAUAGUAUACCACGAAAUAUCGAGAUUGC